UGAAAAUAUUUACAUUGUUGAGUUCGGUUUGUUUUCAUAUUCAAAUUAAGAUAAUGGCUAGCAAAAGAAAACACCCGGCAUCCGCAAAAGCACAAGAAGAGUCAUUUAAAAAACAUACGCUAGACUCGGACGAAGAGGAUUCAGACGACUACGAGAGGGAGUAUCUUAAUGAUAGCGACAUCGAAGGAGGCGAGGAUGGAGUGGCUAAAGUUGAAGACGAUGUGAAGGUAACUCCGUUUAAUAUGAAGGAGGAAUUGGAAGAAGGACACUUCGACAAAGAUGGCCACUACCAUUGGAACAAGGAGACGGAAGCGAAAGAUAAUUGGUUGGACAACAUAGACUGGGUUAAGAUUGGCAAGCAGAAGAACGCCUUUGACCCUGCCAAAGAUGACCAGAACUCCAACUCCUCGGAUGAUGAUAAGAUCGAACCGGCGGGAAAGGCCUUCAACUUGUCCAUGAAUCUGAUGAAGAUGCUCGAGUUCAUGAAAGAGGGCGAGACUGUUAAGAUGACCCUGCAACGGCUGGGAAGUCAGCGUCCCGUCCUGACCACUCUACAAAGAAUUAAGCAGAAGAAAGCCGGAAUUGUCGACACAAAGACGCAGGAAAUCUCCCAGCUCACCGAGCUGGCCAAUGAGAUCCUGUCGAAGACCGGAAACAUGGACAUAUAUGAAGAGACCUACGAAACUAUUAAGUCCAAGAUCGCUGAUUUGCCAGGCACUAGCAAACCCAAGCCAGGCUCUGAUAUUGACAUGUACGCCGAUGAUUUCGAAACGAAGGAGCUGGAGCGGUCGAAGACCUCGAAUGCUACUGAAAAACCAACUAUGACUACCUCGGAGGUGACCUGGGAGUUCAAAUGGUCGCAAAAUGAGACUGAAAUCCAGGGCCCAUUCAGCACUGAGAAAAUGUUGAAGUGGUCCCAAGAGAACUACUUUAAAAAUGGAGUCUAUGUCCGAAAGUGUGGCGAAAACACAAAUUUCUACACCAGCAACCGCAUAGAUUUCGAUUUAUACUUGUAGGCCUUAUGUAACGAUUAUUGUAGUUAUCUUUUUCAAUUA